AUGGAACCACUCACUGUCGAGACACUAAGCCAAGCGUCACGAGGCGUAAGAAUUUUGCUGGCUGAAUUGAAGAUUCGAUGUGAAUUCUUCAAUCGUGGUUGUGGAAAGUUUAUUGAGCUGGGAGAUCUUGAAAGGCAUGUUACAGAAUGCGGGUUUGCCCCAGCAGUCUGCUCUAAUGAAGGAUGUCGACUUGAGGUGAAUAAACAAGAUUUACUUCAUCACGAAACUGCUGUGUGUGAACUACGCAGAGUCAAAUGUCACAAUUGUGAUGACAUAAGACAAGAAAUGGACACAGUGAAAGUUAAUUUGGCAUUAAUGAAUGAAAAACUGGACAGAAAUAAGAAGAGGCUCUUGGAAACGUUAGAGAAAAUUGAAACGAACGGAAAUGCUGUGGAAAAUGUCGUUCGAGAAGUAGAACUGAUUCGACAAGUAGAACUGAUUCGACAACAAUUUAACAAGCAGGAUGUCAAUAAUCGUCCUGUUCAAGGAGAUAUUGUGGAAAUGAAAAAAAGUUUAACUAAAAUUACGAAACUACUCGAAAGAAUGAGUCAACAAACAUCGCAUGAAGUUCAGGCUGAACAAGAACAAAAGAAGACAGGAAUUGCAGAAGCUGAUGAUGAAACAGACAGAACAAAGGAGGCAGUUUGCAUUCUUGAAGGCAAGGAGGACGGAUAUUUGAAAUCGGAGGAAAUGUGCAAUUUUGUAAAUACAGAGCAGACAGAGGGAGAUCGAAGAGUCUGCGCCUACUAA